GAUAAGAGAGAGAGAUGGCAGGUUCUUCUUCUUCAAGCAUUCUUUGUUUGUUGUUGGCAACCCUAAUGAUGGCCGGAAUCUUAUUUUCCGGUGAUCAAGCAGUACUAGUGAGGGCACAGGGAGGAUGCCUAGGAGAUCUUCCUGGACUAUUGAGAGCAUGCAUGCAAUUUGUUCAGAAGAUUGGGCCACAGACGGAUCCAUCACAGAGCUGUUGUGAUGUUAUGAAGAAGGUAAAUGUUACUUGUGUUUGUGAUCUAAUCCCUGCCCCGGUGCAGCUGAUCAUCAGUAGCCUGAAGGUGGCCCAUGUUGCACAGUUCUGUGGCAACCCUAUUCCUGCUGGAGUUAAAUGUGGAAGUUAGACUGGUCUAAAAGCAUGAAGUUGAGAGAAUGUAGGAAGAAUAAAAGCCAAAUCAUGUGGCAU